AUGCCAAAUUUGUUGAGCCCGUCGUCCGUCGCCGUCAGUUGUUUUUGGAGUGGGUGAGAGUGAAAGGCAGUGUGUUUGUGAAAGGUAAGCGAGAGAGAGGAAGCCGGUCUGAGAACCCAUUUGACUCGAGUGAGCUGCAGUUCGGUGUGGUCGGGCGCGUCAACAUGUACGCCGGUGGCGAAGAUUUUUUGUGCCAGCGGAGUGGGAAGUGCUUGUGGAUACCUCCCCACAACCUGAAUGAAGAUGUCACUGAAGAUGACGUAUUUGAAUUUUUCUCUAAUUUUGACGUAAUUGAUGUUGAAAUCCAACCAGGAGGUGCUGGUGUCCUCUUUGCAACUAUUCGGGGUGCUGCUGAAGCUGAGAGAUUCUUCAUCCAAGCGGCAAAUCCUCAGCCGCUGGGAGCCUCAAUGAUGAAUGGGCACCACAUGAUGGGUGCAGCACACCACAUGGGACCUAUGGGAUCGAUGGGACCCAUGGGACCAUCUAUGGGCAUGAUGAUGUCAGGAGCCUCUCUGCCGGUUGGCCGUCCAUCCAGGCCCGUUCAAGUACACAAACCAUUCUUGCUGGCCCAAGGCCCAAGUGCCAAUGUGAAGGUGGUGGCUAAUACAGACGGCUCCCGCAGUAUUAUUUCUCCACCUCCUCCGGUAGCUGGAGAGUCUCUUGAGGAAGAUGUUCCUGUACUCAAAGGUAACUGCUCUUUGUGUAAGAAGCUGACCUCCUAUGUAUGUGGAAGGUGUGGCAUCUUUUAUUGUUCGAGGGAAUGUCAGACACAGAACUGGCCCACUCAUCAGACUGAAUGCAAUACUGGGCUGCCACCUUUGAUCUUUGCGGGCAAGCGCCAUGUAACAGGGAUUGAAUUUAAUGCUUGUCAAGUGCCACAGCAAGUUAGCCCAAGAGAGGGUAGACGUUCCCCAAUUGGUAAGCAGUUUGCCACUGGGAGAAAUCGCAGUAGCCCUGAAGCUUCUGGAGAACAGGCGAAGCCACUAGCAAGUAAUGGUGUGAAGGAUGAGAAGGAUGAACGCACUCAAUCCUCAAGCCAGAACCGCAGUGGUGGCAAUGAGCGACGAUUCGACCAACGUAUGUCUGAUAGGGGGUCAUCUGGCGCAUCUUUUCGACCUGAACAGAGAGAUGAAAGAAGAGGUGAUGGAAUGAGGCAAGAUGUUCGUCAAGGUCGAGGCUUUGGGGCCAGCCAAGGAAGGAACUUUGCUAGAAAUAGAAGUGAUGAUUCUGAUAGGAGUCCCAAUGCUGCUGCUUCUGGGGCCAGCCAAGGAAGGAACUUUGCCAGAAAUAGAAGUGAUGAUUCUGAUAGGAGUCCCAAUGCUGCUGCUUCCACUUCCAAAUCGUCCAUGAAUGAAAAUGUGAGAAGCCCCAGAAGCAUGCCAGAAAGUUCUGCCGUUCAGCAAGACUCUGCUUCAGGAACUGUGAGCCCCAUCAAAUCAUCCAACACUGCUGCUAACUUACUGAAGAAUUUGAAACUUAACUCUCCUAAAGCUGAAAGUCCAAGUGUACCUGCAGUUUCAUCAGAUGUGCCUGAAGAAAAGUUCUGUAAACCAAAAUCUGUCAGCCUAAUUAGUGGCAGCGAAGUGUUAAUCUCGCAUGUAGGCGAGGAUUGCAUUUAUUUGCAGUCAACAAGGGAUUUGAAUCAAUUAGUCAUGGUGACAAAUGAGCUGAAAGCCCAAGGUGGUUUAGUUCAGAGUCUUCAAAGGGGGCCCAAAAAACAUGAAUUUUUAGGAGCCAAAUAUAGUGCUGAUAAAAAUUUCUACAGAGCUGUGGUUGAGAGUAGAAUACGUGAUGGCGUGUACGUAGUUCAUUUUGUGGAUUUUGGAAAUUCAGAAUCCGGUGUGUCGAAUGGUGCCAUGAUUCCUUUAACCAAGGGGUUAGCUGAGGUUCCCUGCAUGGCUGUGAAAGUUGUCCUCAAGGAUGUGACUGGUGCGUUUUCUAACGCAGCCCUUACUAUUUUAAAUUCUUACUUUUGUGACGAGUCAUUUCUCACAGUGGAGUUUGAAGGUGAUGCCGCUGCAGGUGUGACAUUAUAUGAGAAGAACGGAGACAGUGUUAACGUCAAAGUGCUGAAAGCCAUGGGCAAGCUGUCGAGCUCCCCAUCAACAGCAACAACACCACCAUCUGCUCCAGUUGUGGCUGCUGCUGCUGCUGCUGCUGCUGCACCCGCCCCCAUCCCAAUCCCAGUGGUUGCUGCCCCUACCCCAGUCCCAGUUGUAUAUUUACCUCCAGUUGUGCCCGCUCCUGCCCCCGUGGCAUCCGAGCCCGUACCUGCUCCGGCUCCGCUUCAAGCUGAGCCCACUCCUCCAGUCGUCGCGGCGCCAGUACCUGCCCCUUCCCCGGUUGUGGUCGCUCCGGCUCCAGCCCCAGUUGUAGCCACCCCGGCUCCAGUCCCGGUUGUAGCCACCCCGGCCCCAGCUCCGGUUGUAGCUGCCCCGGUUGAAGUCGCCCCGUCUCCAGCCCCGGUAGCAGCUGCUCCGGUUGAAGUGGCUCCGGCUCCAGCCCCGGUUGUAGCUGCCCCUGCUCAAGUCGUUACUGCUCCGGCUCAGCGUUUCUUCUCUCUUUCGGAAGUGAAGUAUGUGGAAUUCCCAGCUGUGGGCACUAAGUGUCCGGUCCUGCUCAACCACUUUCACAAAGAUUUCGGCUUCUUCAUGGCCUGUCCUGUUGAUAUGGAAGCCAUUGAGUUAGCCGCAGAAUUGGGUCCAAAGCUUGAAGCCUAUGCUGUAAAUGCUCAGCCCUUCCGACCGCAAGCAAACGAAUUAUGUAUUGCAAAGUGGUCAGAUGAUGCCUGGUAUCGAGCUGUUUGCCUUGAGCCCGCAGGCGAUGACAAAUUUAACAUAUUGUUCUUGGAGUAUGGGAAUAGUGAUAUAAUCCCAUUCCCCAAUUUCCGCCCUUUCACUGAAGAGUUUCUGAAAUAUCCAGCUUUAUCGUCCCCAUGCGUGUUGGCAGAACCUUUUGAACUAAAGGAAUCCCACAGAGCCAAGGUUCAGUCGAUGUUCAAAGAUGAGUGGAUAGUUGAGGCAACUGUUGUUAAAAAAGAAGAUGGGUCCUGCACUCUCGAUAUUCCAGAGAUAAAAAAUGCUCUUGACUAAUUGAUGUUGAAAUCUUGUUCAGCAUUUUAGAUUUUUUGACUGACUAGGUUUAUGUGUCUGGAAUCUUAUUUUCAUUUAGUUUUUCUCUUAAACUAUCAAUCAAUUAUACUAACUAUCAUGUUACUGAAACAAUGGUGAAGUUUUUAGUUUAUUACAUAGUUUUCUGGUUUUAA